AUGGAAGAUUGGCACAAGAAAGAUGAUGAAGUCUACAGCACGCUUGUCGAAGCCGACCAGCAGGCUAUACAUGGUUUGCACCGACGGCAGGCACCGCCAGAUCCAGUCCCGACAUUCAUUCCUCCACCGAAACAAGACAUCACCCCGGAACUCAUCCAGCAGGCAUUGUCCGCCCAACCCCAGAACACGGCAACGGUCAGCUCCAUGAUCCCCUAUUUCCCUGACGGCGUGAUCAGGGUCCAUCUGCAGCUUGCCGGCCCAGUGGCUUACACCCUCGUCGUCAACGCCAGCACAUCCCUUCCUUGCGGCGCCAUCGGACUGGUGGACCCUCAGCCCAAUCUUGGCCUGGUGCCGCUGGUCAUGAACCAAGGGCAAGGACAGCCUCAGACCGUGGUAGCUGAUUGUGAAUGCAUUGCCGUCAACAUGUAUCAGCCACACAUCGUCACCUAUUGGAUUCAGAAGCUCAGCGACGGCAGUAUCUAUUCAGUGGUGGGCAACAACCUGGUCAUCGACAUCGACAAGAUGAACACCACCCAGAGUACGGCUUUGGCACUCACCACUUUGUCAUCUGGAGCCACAAGACGUAGUGGGACUGACAACAUUGAAUAUGUCCGACCAGUGAAGCGACAGAUCUGGCGCGUCAACUGCAAUUAUGCUUGUCCCUUCUACCACAUGAGGAUGGUCAAGAGCACCGACGGCACGUGCGCGUGCUUGUUCAAUGGCGCAGACGAGACACUCCUGACACGAAGGCCAGACGCAGUUCCCGGCCUUAUUGCCCGAGACCUUAUUCAACCUGACCUGAUGAACGCGAAAAUGACAGCUGAAGCUUGUGCAUCUAUGACAUGUUUCAACAAUGGCGGCGACCCAACACCGGCUCUGUUCAAUCCAUUCCACCAAACUUGUUGGUGUAUUACCCAGCCCUACAUUGAGUCGAACCCGGAUGCUUGGACACCUUCGUCGUGA